GUCAACAUGCAACUCUUUGUCCACACCGAGGACCUACAUGCCCUUGAAGUGACCGGCCAGGAGAUGAUCACCAAGAUCAAGGCUCAUGUGGCAUCACUGAAGGGCAUCACACCGGACGAUCACGCCAUUCUCCUGGCAGGCCAACCAUUGGAGGAUGAAACCACCCCAGGCCAGUGUGGAGUGGAAGCCCUGGCCACUCUGGAAGUAGCUGGUUGCAUGCUUGGAGGUGAAGUCCAUGGUUCCCUAGCUUGGGGUGAAAAAGUGAGAAGUCAGAUUCCCAAAGAAGAGAAGGAGGAGGAGGAGGAGGAUAUGACAGGCUGGGCCAAGCAGCAGAUGCACUACAACCGGUACUUCAUCAAUGUCAUGCCCAUAUUUGGCAAGAAAAAGGGCCCCAAUGCCAACUCUUAAAUGCUAUGUAGCCCUGGCUUUCUCUAAUAAAGCUACUUUACCCAGU